ACCCAAACAGAGUCCAGUAGCUGCAAUACACACGGGACAGCCAGAAGUAAGACUGGGAACACUAAAAGGAGGCUUUUCCCUUGGAAGUAAGAAAGGAAGAGCUCCUGCACAAAAGCUUUGCUGCAGAGGCCAUGGGCUGCUGGAAGCGAGAGAAAACCAACACCUGGGCUUUUCCCACCUUGAUCCUCUGCCUCUAUGGAUUCUUCUACAUGAUGAAACCAUCAGAACCUUUCCUAACACCCUAUCUAACGGGACCAGAUAAAAACCUGACCAUAGAUGAGGUUACCAACCAGAUUUUUCCAGUUUGGACAUACUCCUACCUGGCUCUCCUCUUCCCAGUGUUCCUGCUCACAGACUACGUGCGCUACAAGCCCGUGCUGCUCCUGCAGGGCACCAGCCUCAUCGUCACCUGGCUCCUGCUGCUCUUUGCACACGGAGUGGUGGCCAUGCAGCUGGUGGAAUUCUUCUACGGCAUGGUCACAGCCACCGAGGUGGCCUAUUACGCCUACAUCUACAGCGUGGUCAGCACCCAGCACUACCAGAGGGUCACCAGCUACUGCAGGAGUGUCACUCUGGCGGCAGCCACCGUGGCCGCCGUGCUGGGACAGCUGCUGGUGUCCUUAGCACACGUCUCCUACUUCUACCUCAACGCCAUGACCUUGGCUUCCGUGUCCCUGGCGUUCCUGUGCGCGUUCUUCCUGCCCAUGCCCCAGAGGAGCAUGUUCUUCCACAGGAAAGGCGCCCCCGAGCCUCUGCCAGGGCCUGCCAAAGGGCUGGCUGCGGGCACUGCCCACGGGCCCCCGAGCCGCCCGCAGGAAAGGAGCCCCGAUGCUGCUGCCAGGGGCCCGAGCCCCCAGCCCCGGGCUGGCAGUGCCAGGCCCCAGGGGCACAUGCUCAGCGUGCUGCUGCAGCUGGCCAGGGACCUGAGGGAUUGCUACGGCUCCCGCAAACUCCUCUACUGGUCCCUGUGGUGGGCUCUGGCCACGGCCGGCUUUAACCAGGUGGUGAAUUAUGUCCAGGUGCUGUGGGACUGGCGAGCCCCCUCCCACAGCUCUGCAGUGUACAACGGAGCUGUCGAAGCAAUAGCAACGUUCCUGAGCUCAGUAACAUCUUUCCUAGUACAAUAUAUGAAGAUUAACUGGGACCAUUUUGGAGAACUGGCCUUAGGGAUCUUCUCUGCAAUAGAUGCGGGUUGUCUGUUUCUCAUGCACUUCUCUACCAACAUCUGGGCAUGUUAUGCUGGAUAUCUCAUUUUCAAGGCAUGCUAUGUGCUCCUUCUGACAAUUGCAACGUUCCAGAUCGCUGUCAAUCUGAGCAUGGAACGUUAUGCCCUGAUUUUUGGAUUCAAUAACUUCAUUGCCCUACUGAUUCAGACCAUUCUCACAAUACUUGUUGUAGAUUCAAGAGGCCUAGGACUGGACGUAGUGACUCAAUUUUUAAUUUAUGGCUGCUACUUCGCAAUCAUACAUGGGAUUUUCAUGAUCAGAAGCAUUUGUGUGCUGGUCUCAUGCAAAUGCCAAAGGAAAAUAGUGAGAUCUUGCACAGAGCAGCUGAACCAGGCUGAGCACGAGUCAAGAGAGCAGAUUGUCACAAGCUACAUGACACGGCUGUAGGAGGCAGGCAGGCUGGAGAAGGGCUUCUCCUGGGAGAAGGGCUCCCAGCAGGGAAGAAGAGCAGCAUGCAGGGAAGAGCAGUGCAAGAAGAACGUUCAACUCAGCCCUGAACAGCUCGCUGAAUCAUUCCAUCAUUUCAGCACAACAUAUGCCAGCAGAGAGCUCUCCAGAAUGACACUGUGCCAAGAAUAAAAGAUAAGUUGCUUUAGAUUCUUAUUUACACAUGUAUAAAGAGCUCAAGGACAAUAAUUUAUACACAGAAUCUGAGCAACCACCUCUGUAUCUCCCCAUGCAUGAUGGCAGAGAGCAGAGUUCACCCUGCCUUGCUCAUUGUAGCUCCUCAAUGUGGUGCUGCAAAAGCUGCUUCUCACAUUUGUUGAUGUAGUGGCUGAAGGUCUGACUCCUCUUUGCACAACCUUUGUUCUGAACCAAGGAAGAAAAGAUCAUGUUUGCAUCAUUCUAUUCUUUCAUACCCAGUACAGGCAGAUGGGGGACAGGCUCCUCCUGUCUCAUCCCACACAGGCUGCAAAAAGCAGGGCUUGCACAACCCAUCCCAGGAGCUUCACUGCAGCACUGCUACGUCACAGUUGUUGCUUGGCCCACAUUUGAGAGCUACAAACCCUGUGCUGACUUCACGCAGCCUCUGCUGAGAAGGAAUAAUUUCAGAGUCCAAGCAAAAUGCAAGAGCACAACUCCUUUGCUUGUGCUUCCAGUAGAAUUAAAUUCAGGACUGACUAUCUUCCUCUCAGCAGGAAAUAAUGUGAAGGGGCUUAAGUAGCACAGACUAAAACCAGAGAAGGACAUUGUGGAGAAAUAUAGCUGAUUCCACACAGGAAAAUUCCAGAUUAACAGGAAUAUCCAAGAAGAUUUAUAACUGAAACAAACAGUGAGCAUCAUGUGCACUUUUGAGUGCCUCUGAUCUUGGCCAAGAAUUUGACAGGAUCAGCAUCUCGGAGUUUGUCGAGAAGCUUCAAAUCCUACAGCUAAUUUAGUCCAAAAGACAGCCCAGGAGAAGAAAAAAGAGACUAGAAAUGAGUUUGCAUAGUAAAUGUCUAAUUUAAUAUGAACUAUAUCCAUAUGCUGAAGUUAUUUCUGUACUGCUGUUUGCUUCUAGCUUCCAAUAUCCACAUCUAACUAAUAAAAAACAGUUAGCAUUUACAGAAUGAUAUUUUUCCUGUAAGGACACAAGCUAUCAUUUGUACAGACAUACCAGCUCUUCAUACCACUGUCAUACACUGCAACUAGACAAAGUGCCCAGAGGCAAGGGCAGGCAGGACAGAAGCAAUUUUUUUUUCAAGUCACAAGAAGAAGUAGUAGGAUCUGACAAAAUGAACCUGGCUAAUUUUUUUUGGCUUUUUGUUUACUACUGUGCAUUGUGAGGACAUUGUUGUAAACUGGCUCUAAGCAGAACAGUUUAACCAAUGCAGUCAUAAAAGUGAAAGAUGUACUUAGUCUCCAGUGAAAGUUCUUUUCUUACUGCAGAACUGAGGGCAUGAUGCUCCUGCCUGAACAAACAGGGACAGAAUCCAGGAGAGCAAGGACUAUAUUUUUUCAUUCUUCCUUGUGAGUAGCACUCUUCUUUUGAGGCACUCAAUUUAGAACUAGAUGUCAGUCCUGAACUAGAAGUUAACAAGAGUUUGUGUUUAAAUUAAAAGAUUAAUAUUUUCAGCUCCAUUCUUAUGCUCUGGCUAGAGCUAACUGCUCUGUCUGUAGGAUGCCACUGAAAAGAAAAUAACAAGCAGACACGAUGUAUUUGGCUUGCAGCUUUAGAAAAAACCAUCUUCAGAAAACAGAUAAAACUUGAAAUAAAAAAGAAUCCAGUCCUAUUCUCUCUAAUCUCCAAAAUAAUUAUUCUGAGGUUGGAAGCUGGCAGGAAGCAUUAUGGGGAAAAUAGGGGAGGAAGAAGGCAGCUCUUAGGAGUGUAAGAGAAAAAAGACAAGGCCUUGUGUUAUCCUGGGUUUCUAGCUGCAAAGCAGAACUCCCCCAGCAAUCAGAGGUUUCUAAAAGAGUAAGAUGUACACGUGUACCUGUUUGUGUACCUACAAACACACACGCUGGAGAGGAAAUAGUUGAGACUUGACAGGUUACCAGGAGGCUGGAACCACAGGCUGCUUAGUUCUGUGGGAAAAGGAAAUUCUCAUCACAUCCACUUCUCCUAGCAGCUUUUAGUAUUGUUUGCCUUUGUUCCAGUAAGUUAAAGGUUUCCAUGCAAACAUGGAACUCCAGAGCUGGGCACAUUCCUCCCCAUAGCUGAAACCCCCUCUAAAUACACCACUAAUUACCUUUGAAACAUUAGUGGGUUUGGGCACAAAUCUUCCAUGAAGACACAGUCCAGCAAGCUGAUAAAGGCCAUUUGAGCAAACAUGGAAGGAAUAAACAGUGUGUUUGUAUUCAAAGCAAGCAGGUAUUGCCCAAGCACUGUGUGAGCUACCAGAGAAAAACAUGAGCCAGCAGCCCUGUCAGCCCCUGCCCAGCAGCACCUUCCCUUCCCAAGGUUCUUUCCCUGCCUCAGAAGCCCUUGGCCAGGGAAGAGGAUGAAGGGCAGAGGCAGGCCCAGCUCCCCUGAGCACUUGCCUGCCUGGUUGCAGCACAUACUUGAGCACUGAGGGAACCUUCCAUGCCUGCAGGACCAGAGCAGGCUCUGUUAAUCUCUCAAAGGGCCCGUCCUGCAGGGCCUCAGCAUCUGCUCCAAGAGUCAAUAUAUGUCCUACCAACAGGCUUCAGGGUGAACUCCACCCUCUGAUGAGCCUCAUAAGAUAUAGGCAGUACAAUCUAAAAAAAAAAAAAAAAAAAAAAAAGGGGGGGGUACAGGAAAGCAAAGCAGCAGCAUUUCUCUGAAGCAAGCCUGUUAAUUUUUUACCUUAGAUUUAAUUUCAUCCAUUUGUCCUUAAAUGACACAUCUGCCCCUAUACAGAAGUAAUUCCUGGCCAACUAAUAGUAGGAAGCAUUUGAUGUCCUACCUCCCAAAGCCCCAGCAAAGCCAGGACAGUCAGAGCAGACCUCACAAGCCCAGAGGUCUCUGUGCUAUGCAUGUGACAGGGACACUGUU